AAGGUUGCACGUGGAUUCUGAGCCCCGGGCUGGCCUGACGCUGGGCACACGUAUAAGAGUUGUCGUUGAUGUCCUGGAGGGAAUCUUGUUCAGGACAGCUCUGUGAAGCGAUGAGACCCCUGGUGUGCUGUGACAACCUCCUGUUCCAGUCCCUUAGUGCCCAGGUUCCGGAACUCUGGCUGUGGCCUUUCUGGGCUCCCCUAUUUCACAGGGGGCCCUUUGGCCAUCAGAAGGACUUGCUAACUACCCCAGUCUCACCUCAUCAGUGGGCCCCCAGCUGUGGACAGGUGGCCAGCCCUGCUUCCACGGUCCAUGACUGCUCUCUUCUCUCUGCCAGUCACCGUGACCCCUCCGAGUGGAUGGUCCAGCUUGGUGAGCUGGCUUCCAAUGUGGUUUUCUGGAACCUGCGGGCCUACGUCAACCGUUACAGGGUGCGUGAUAUCCUUGUGCACCCCCACUUCAGUGAGGGGUUCAGUGACAUCGCCCUGGUGAGGCUGGCCUCCCCUGUCUCCUACAACAAGUACAUCCAGCCCAUUUGUGUCCUGUCUUCUACCUUCAUGUUCGAGCACCGGCCUGACUGCUGGGUGACCGGCUGGGGAGACAUCAGCGAGAAUUACACACUUCUGCCACCUUCCUACAACCUCCAGGAAGUGCAGCUCACCAUCCUAAACAACACCAGGUGCAACUACCUGUUCAAACAGCCUUUUAGUCGUGGUAUAAUCCCAGAUUCUAUGGUUUGUGCUGGUGCUGAGGAUGGCAGCGUAGAUGCCUGCAAAGGUGACUCAGGUGGACCCUUGGUCUGUGACAAGGAUGGGCUGUGGUAUCAGGUUGGAGUUGUGAGCUGGGGAGUGGGCUGUGGUCGGCCCAACCGGCCCGGAGUUUACACCAACGUCAGUCAGCACUUCAACUGGAUCCGGAUGCUAAUUUCCUGCAGUUCACCCAAGCCAGGCUCCUGUCAGUGGCUGCUGCUCCUUAUUCUGCUGUGGGCUCCCCAACUCCUGCAGCCGGCCUGAGUCUACUGUAGCCUGUGGGGUACAGUGGGUACCACAGUGCCAGCACACUCCCCCAGGCUUGAGCACUCCAGGGUUGAGGUCAGGACUGCCUGCCUCAGGUUCCUGUACCCUUUGUCCCAUUAUUUGCUAAUAAACACAUGUGCAUGUUCAGGUU